CGCCAGUGUUAAGUGAAUAUUUUACGCAAUUAUUUCAAAAUUGUUUAAUUGUUUUAAGUUCUUCAAACAACUGAAGUAAACAAUUUUAAACUUCUGGUUGCAAGAAUUAUGUAAUGGAUGGAAUCAACAGGAUUGAAAACAGGGUAAUGAACUAUAAUAGCAAAAGCCAGUGAAAUGUAAAAGUGAAGACAUGAACAUAAAAAUCGCUGCAAUGGCUCGUAAUAUAGUAUAUUGGUUAUUAGUGGUUUUAUCACUCGAGGCCGUUGACGCUAAAAGGGAGACGUGCCCGGGUUACCCUAACUGUAUUUGCGGCGGUACAUUGGCCGUAGAAGUUGAUUGCAUCGUAAGCGGUCAGAAUGUGAAAAUUGAUGUUCUACCCGGCAUUUACGUAAACAUCAAAUGUGGAAACUCAUCGUUCUUGAAUUAUAACAAGUUACCUAAUUUAAAAAUUCACAGUAAUAAUUUUAAGACAGUCAGUUUUAAGAAUUGUCCACUACCAAAUACUUCUUUUGAAGAAGUCUUAACUAAUAUCGGUGUUAAUAAAACGAUGUCUUUAAUAUAUCAAAAUGAGAAUAACAUUUCACAGGAUUUUAAAAGAAAUCAUUUUGUUGGUUUAGAAGAUUUAACUAAACUUUUAAUAUCUGUGAACGGUGUAAUAUUUCUACCUGAUAAUCUUUUUAUGGAUUUAAAUAAUCUUCAAUGGUUAAACUUACGUAUGAAAUCUGUUAAUAUAUCUGAAGAAUUAUUUAAACCGUUACGAAAAUUGGAUACACUUGAAAUCUAUCAUAAUCAAAUGACAAAAAUGCCAAACAACGUAUUUGAACAUUUGAUUGGAUUAAAGAAAUUCUCACUUUGGCAAACUAACAUAUCAAUAAUACCUCACGAUUUCUUUGAUGGUGUUGGAAAACUGGAAGAAUUAGAUUUGAGUUCGAACGAUUUGAGCUCAUUGCCAUCGGGUACAUUUUAUCCAUUAAGAAAUCUAAAGAAACUAACUUUAUUCUCAAAUAAGUUUUCCGUUUUACCGGAUAACUUGUUUGCGCAGAACAAGUUACUUUCGACAUUAAUCAUUUUAAACAAUGACGUGAAAAUAAAAGAACUUCCUAAAAAUUUAUUACGAAACUUGCCGCAUCUGAAACAAGUUCACAUACAGAGAUGUGGUAUAGAAACAAUAUAUUGCAACGUAUUCACCAACUCGUCUCAAAUAACAAACAUAUCAUUGGCGCAUAAUGAUAUUAAAAAUCUACCCAAAGCUGUUUUUAAUGAUCAAAUAAAUCUACUCGAACUCGAUAUCAGUUACAACAAGUUAGAAGAUCUCGAUAUUAAAUUAUUCUCAUCAUUAGUACGACUGGAGACAUUGAAUUUAUGUUGCAACUCUAUAACUAAAAUAUCAGGAUUAACAUUCUUACCAUUAAUAAGUCUCACGUACUUAAACAUGGAGAGAAACAACUUGAAAGUGAUAUCAUCGACAUUGUUCGAAAAUAAUAAACAACGAUUGUCGAUAUCAUUUGCAUACAACGAACUUGAUUUUAAAAAUAAAAUACUAGUUAAUAACAAGUGGAUAAAUUCGCCGUUUAUUCACACUCGUAAUUUACAGACGCUCAAUUUAAGUCAUAAUAAAAUUAAAGAAGUUUCUAAAGAUUUGUGGACGAAUGGCCAUGAGAACAUUGACUUAAGUUUUAAUUAUAUCAAACAAUUAUGGAGUGAUGGACCUGAAUCAUCUGACAGCUACGAAGCAAUAAAAACACCAAUCAAAAGAUUAUGGGUUGGAAAUAACAAUUUGAGCUGCCUAUGUAGUAAUAGACAGUUCCUUGAUUACCUAGAAACUCACUGGAAGACCAAGAUAUCAAACAUCGAUAACGAACAGUGUCAAAUGUGGCUUUUUGGCUUAAAUUGUUAUUUGGAAACAAUUUGUCUUGUCAUUGGCAUUAUAGUAAUCUUAUACGGCAUAACAUUGUUAUUACUACUACAUUACACACCGAAAUUCCCUAAGUUUGUAAAGAAAAUUUUGUCACGUGUAUUUAACAACAAUUAUAAAAACAAAGGAAUCACAAUUGCAGUCAAAUAUUCUAUAGCUGAUCAGGAAUUUGUUUUAAAAGAAGUAGUUCCCGGAUUACAAGAUAUCAAAAAUGUAAAAUCACUGUCGCAACGUCAUAUAACCUUCAUUUUGAAACCUAUCAAUGAUUUGAAUACCAAAAAAUCUUAUAUGAACAUUUUGAACAGUAAGAAAAGCGAAGUUUCCGCCACCGUUGUAAUAUUUUCAACGAAUUACUUGAUGACGAAGUAUAGCAAAGUUAAUAUUAAAAAGAUACGCGGAGAGAUGUUAAAAGCGAGAGAUACAAUUUAUACAUUCUUCGACACCGGAUCUGAUAAUUCUAUUUACGCCUUCCUAAAGGAUCAUCGUGACACACGUGUAUCAGUUUUGUGGAACGAACUCUAUUUCUGGGAUAAAAUUUUUGAUUUCAUUUCGAAACAUUCGAGUGAUCACAGAUAUAAUAUUGAAACUAAAUCUGGCCAAGGAAAAAACAACUUUAUUAAAGAAAUUAAUAAAGUUAAAAACUCACCGAAAAUGUCAGUCAUGAAACUAUCAGAGUGGCCUCAGAAUGAUACUUUCGAAACGUUUGCGCAUAGCCAAGUUUAGUUGAAGUGAAUCUUUUUUAUGAGGCAAAGACUGAAAUUUUCGCCGUAACUCUAUUAGUCUAGUAAUAUGAAUACAGAUCCUGUUAUGUAAUAAAACUAUCACUUACAUGUUACAAUUUAAUUCUAAGCACAUUAUGUAGAUUUUUU